AAGCUGGGAAUCCUGGGCUGCUGGUCCCAGUGCCAGCUUUGGCAGUCCCAGUCUGUCCGGCACAGCAGCCCGGCGCAUUCUCUUUUCUCCCUCCCAUUUUUCUUCCUCCCUUUUAUUCUUUUCUUUCCUCCUCUACUUCCCCCUCCCUCUUUUGCCUCUUAAGUUUCCUGCACCGUGAAUCCAACUGUGCCAAGCCUGGGCUCUCGCGAACCAAUCCAGAGCGCGACCCGGGCAUUGGGACGCCGACUCCGCCAAGGCUGGAGGAGGCAGCUGGACCCGUCCUCGCCCGAGCAUGGAGACGGAGCUCCAGGGAGGGCACGUCCGGGGCGCUGGAGACGCCAGGCCCGAGUAGCUCCUCCAUGGAGCCUGCCCAGAGCGGUCAGUGCUCUCCGGAUUCUCCUCCAGUCCUGUGUGGCUGCUGAGAGCGCUCCUUGCUCUGUAAAGUGGAUGUCAGGUGGAUCUAUGUUUUUGAAGGAACAAAGACUCAGCGAAGGCACCGCCAAGGAAGUUUGAGACGCGGGAGGAUGCAGGCUGCGUGCUGGUACGUGCUUCUCCUCCUGCAGCCCACGUUCUACUUGGUCACAUGUGCCAACUUAACGAAUGGUGGAAAGUCAGAACUUCUGAAGUCGGGAAGCAGCAAAUCCACACUGAAGCACAUAUGGACAGAAAGCAGCAAAGACUUAUCUAUCAGCCGACUCCUGUCACAGACUUUUCGUGGCAAAGAAAAUGAUACAGAUUUGGACCUGCGAUAUGACACCCCAGAACCUUAUUCUGAACAAGACCUCUGGGACUGGCUGAGGAACUCCACAGACCUCCAAGAGCCUCGGCCCAGGGCCAAGAGAAGGCCCAUUGUUAAGACGGGCAAGUUUAAGAAAAUGUUUGGAUGGGGUGAUUUUCAUUCCAACAUCAAAACAGUGAAGCUGAACCUAUUGAUUACUGGGAAAAUUGUGGAUCAUGGAAACGGGACAUUUAGUGUUUAUUUCAGGCAUAAUUCCACUGGUCAAGGGAAUGUAUCUGUCAGUCUGGUGCCCCCUACAAAAAUUGUGGAGUUCGAUUUGGCACAACAAACCGUGAUUGAUGCCAAAGAUUCCAAGUCCUUUAACUGUCGAAUCGAAUAUGAAAAGGUUGACAAGGCUACCAAGAACACACUCUGCAACUAUGACCCUUCCAAAACCUGUUACCAGGAGCAGACCCAAAGUCAUGUGUCCUGGCUCUGCUCCAAGCCCUUCAAGGUGAUCUGUAUUUACAUAUCCUUUUAUAGUACAGAUUAUAAACUAGUACAGAAAGUGUGCCCCGACUACAACUACCACAGUGACACACCUUACUUUCCCUCUGGAUGAGGAUGAACAAGAGGGUGAGACUGAAGCCUGAGGAAUUAAAGGUCAUGUGACAGGGCUGUUACCUCAAAGAAGAAGGUCACAUCUGUUGCCUGGAAUGUGUCUACACUGCUGCUCUUGUCAACUGGCUGCAAAUACGCUAGUGGAAAACAAUCUGAUGUAAUUUCUGCCCAGUCAGCUUCAUCUCUCAGUAUAGUUGUAAAUCAUCACAGAUUUUAAAGUCAUACUUGAGGGCAUACCCUCACAUGUAGAGGUACACAAACACACACUCAUGCACAUCUCAGCUUGCAUCUGUCAUCGGUUGAGAGGGCUUUCAUUGUCUGACUCAUAAUGGUUCAGGAUAAACUAUCAUCAAACGAAAGGAUCAACUAGACAGAAAAUGUUUCUAACAUUCACUGUUACAGAAAUCUCUUUUUAAAGUCUCGAGUCCAUGCUAAUCAAUAAUCCCCACUCAUGCAUUCCUACUGCUUGGAGUAGCUGUACUGGUAAAUACUACUGUAGGAGUAUAUGCUUGUUAAAAUGGAAAAAUGUGUCUUUAGAGCUCAGUAUUCUUUAUUUUAUGAACACAACAAAGUGUAGUAACUUUUUUCCAGCGUAUGGUAGGCACAUUCAAGGUGAUAUAAGAUGGCUCUUUUUUUUUUUUUUUUUUUUUUCCUAUGGAAGGAGCCUGUUUUCAGUAAAGAUGAGCAAACAUUAGGAAUUUACAUGUGGGCAGAUGUUGGGAUUACAGCUUUCAUCGCCAAUCAUUGGACAUUUGCGAAGUUGAGACCAGCUAAGGCUGCUUAAAACAGUUCUGAUCAUUAUAUAAGAAGGGAAAUGCCUGGCAGACACCAUGUAAGUUAUAAGUGUCUGUCUUAUCUUUACUACACAUAUUGUAACAAAUUCAAUAUCCUAGUCUUCAUUUGUAUGAAUGGUUUGUAUUGUACAUAGUUUAACCAAGUGUUAUUUGAGCUGCUUAUUAAUAUUAAAUUGUACUUGUCUCUCUGCUUGUUAUUGGUUAAAAAAGAAAAAAAAAGGAUAUGAGGAAUCCAUUUUAUCAAUGUAGCUAUGAACUCCAUUAAAAAGGCAAACAAUGUACAAAGCAUUUAUUCAGCUCAAGUAUUGUUGAAAGCUAUACAUAUACAACAUUACACUGUCUGUAUUUAGAUAUUUUAUUUCUGGACAAAACAAAAUGUACAUAAAAAUAAAACACUUAAAUUUGAGUUUCAAUA